UAAGGAAACUUCGAGGUUAAGUUUUAUAGCUCGUCAAAAAAUUAAAAGACUCUUCUUCUUUCUUCUGUUUCUUUUUGCUUUACUAAGGUAUAUUUUCAGCUCUGAAGUGCCUCAUAGUCUACUUUCAGCUACUUUAGUUUCAGUUUACAAAAGUGUUUGGUCUUCUCGUUCCCGACGACUAUGUCGAACCAAGGAGAGGGUCCGGCGAUUGGGAUUGAUCUGGGUACAACGUAUUCAUGUGUGGCCGUGUGGCAAAAUGAAAGAGUAGAGAUCAUAGUGAAUGAUCAAGGUAACAGGACCACUCCCUCUUACGUUGCUUUCACUCCUCGAGAGCGCUUAGUAGGUGAUUCCGCCAAGAACCAGGUCGCCAGGAACCCCACCAACUCUGUCUUCGAUGCAAAGCGGUUGAUUGGUAGGAGAUUUUCUGAUCCCUUGGUUCAGAGCGAUAUCAAACUUUGGCCAUUCAAGGUCAUUGAAAGUUCUGGUGAUAAGCCUAUGAUUGUGGUCAAUUAUAAGGGCGAAGAGAAGCACUUUGGUGCAGAGGAAAUCUCAUCUAUGGUCCUAAAAAAGAUGCGUGAGACAGCUGAAGCCUACCUGGGUACAACUGUGAAGAAUGCAGUUGUUACUGUCCCCGCCUACUUCAAUGACUCCCAGCGUAAGGCUACAAAGGAUGCUGGAGGCAUUGCAGGCAUGAAUGUCCUGCGUAUAAUCAAUGAACCAACUGCUGCAGCCAUUGCUUAUGGUCUAGACAAGAUUGCAGACAGUAUUGGCAAGAGAAAUGUGUUGAUUUUUGAUUUGGGUGGUGGUACUGCAGAUGUCUCACUACUUACCAUUGAGAAAGGUGUCUUUGAAGUGAAGGCCGUAGCUGGAGACACUCACCUUGGAGGUGAGGACUUUGAUAACAGAAUGGUAAAUCACUUUGUUGAAAUAUUUAAGAGGCAGCACAAGGUGGACAUUGGUGUGAACUCCAAAGCUCUACGGAGGUUAAGAACUGCUUGUGAGAAAGCCAAGAGGAUCCUCUCUUGUGCAAUUGAGACUAACAUUGAAGUCGAUUCUUUAUAUAAUGGUAUUGAUUUCUUUUCAAAUAUUACCCGUGCCAAAUUUGCGGAACUCAACAUGGAUUUGUUCAGGAAGUGUGUUGAUAUUGUGGAGAAGUGCUUGAGUGAUGCUGAGAUGGAUAAGAGCUGCGUCGACGUUGUUGUUCUUUCUGGUGGUUCUUCCCGAAUUCCCAAGGUGCAGCAGUUGUUGCAAGACUUCUUUGAUGGGAAGGAGCUUUGCAAGAGCAUUAAUCCAGAUGAGGCUGUAGCUUAUGGAGCAGCUGUUCAAGCUGCAAUCUUGACUGGUAUGAAAAAUGAGAAACUUCAAGACAUUGUGCUCUUAGAUGUCACCCCUCUGUCCCUUGGUGUAGAGGUUUUGGGAGAGGAGAUGUCUAUUAUAAUUCCAAGGAAUACGGCCACUCCCACCGAGAAGGUGGAGAACUACACCACUGCUUGUGACAACCAAACUUCCAUAUUGCUCUCUGUUUACGAGGGUGAAAGAGCUAAAACUUGCGAUAACAACUUCUUGGGACAAUUUCGUCUUCCUGGUAUUCCUCCAGCACCCAGCGGUGUUGCUAGCAUAAACGUUUGUUUUAAUAUUGACACUAAUGGAAUCUUGAAUGUUUCUGCUAAGGAGAUGACUACUGGUGUGAUGAGGAAUAUCACUAUCACAAAUGAUGAGUCAAGACUGUCUAGUGAAGAGAUUGACAGGAUGGUCAAGGAUGCAGAAACAUACAAGGUUGAAGAUGAUGAAUACAGGAAGAAGGUUAAGGCUAAGGUAGCUUUGGAGAACUAUGCCUACAACAUGAGGAAUACUAUCAAUGAUGAGAAGAUUGGUGCCAAACUUGCCCCUGCAGCUAAGAAAAAUAUUAAAGAUGCUGUUGAACAGGCUAUUCAAUGGAUAGAUGAUCUCCAGCUCGUGGAUUCAGAACUGUAUGACGACAAGCUAAAGUGGCUGGAGAACAUUUGCAAUCCCAUCAGGAGUUAUGGAAAACAAUAAUAAAUUUGAGCUAGACCCUUUCAACAAAAUGAUGAUAGCUAUCAGAGUCCACUGUAGCACCUUAUCAUUUCAACCGAUGUAGCGGUUCGAUCAAUGUUACCACUUACCAGUGUUACUAUUUUUUCUUUGAUUACAUAUUUUUUUGCGUUCUA